GCAGCGUCGAGCUGCGUUUCCAGGAGCCGGAGCCGGAGCCCGGAGCCCGGUGCGGCGGGGUUCGCAGCAAGAUGCGAAAGGUAGCAGCCUUCGCGUGCGUGUGGGCAGCCGCUUGGUGCAGUCAGGCUGUGGCGGCGGCGGCGGCGGCGGCGGCGGCGGCGGCAGGAGCCGGGGGCAGGUCAGACAGCGGCAAUUUUCUGGAUGAUAAACAAUGGCUUACAACUAUCUCGCAGUAUGACAAGGAGGUUGGACAGUGGAACAAAUUCCGAGACGAAGUUGAGGAUGAUUAUUUUCGUACAUGGAGUCCACCUAGAUCUUUUGAUCAAGCUUUAGACCCAGCUAAGGAUCCAUGUUUAAAGAUGAAAUGUAGUCGCCAUAAAGUAUGCGUUGCUCAAGAUCAACAAACUGCUGUUUGCAUCAGCCACCGGAGACUGACGCACAGUAUGAAAGAGGCUGGUCUACGUCAUAAACAAUGGAAAGUUGGUCCUGUUUCAUCAAAAUGCAAGCAGUGUCCAGUAGUUUAUACCAAUCCUGUCUGUGGAUCUGAUGGCCACACAUACUCCUCUCAGUGCAAACUAGAAUAUCAAGCCUGUGUCUCAGGGAAGCAGAUUUCAGUGAAGUGUGAAGGACGUUGUCCUUGCCCUUCAGAUAAAUCCACAAGUGCAGGCAGAAAUGACAGGAGAGUGUGCAGUGACCUGGAGUUCAGAGAGGUUGCAAACAGAUUGCGAGAUUGGUUCAAGGCUCUUCAUGAAAGUGGAAUUCAAAAGAGAACUAGAACUGUACAAAGACCUGAAAGAAGUAGAUUUGAUACCAGUAUUUUGCCAAUUUGCAAGGACUCCCUUGGCUGGAUGUUUAACAGGCUUGAUACAAAUUAUGACCUGCUAUUGGACCAGUCAGAGCUUGGAAGUAUUUACCUUGACAAGAAUGAGCAGUGCACCAAGGCAUUCUUCAAUUCCUGCGACACUUAUAAAGACAGUUUGAUAUCAAACAAUGAGUGGUGCUAUUGCUUCCAGAGGCAGCAAGACCCACCUUGCCAGACAGAGCUCAGCAAUAUUCAGAAACAGCAAGGGGGAAAGAAGCUCCUAGGGCAAUAUAUCCCAUUAUGUGAUGAAGAUGGGUACUACAAGUCAACUCAGUGCCAUGGCAGUGCAGGGCAAUGCUGGUGUGUUGACAGAUAUGGCAAUGAGGUAACAGGAUCCAGAACACAUGGUGCUGCAGACUGUGCUAUUGAUUUAGAGACAUCUGGUGACUUUGCCAGUGGUGAUUUCCAUGAAUGGACAGAUGAUGAGGAUGAUGACAUGAUGAACGAUGAGGAUGAAAUUGAAGAUGAUGAUGAGGAUGAAGAUGAUGAUGACGACGAUGACCAUGAAGGAUAUAUUUGAUCCUUUUAGCUGUGACUAAAUUGUCUCUUUCUAAAAUUUACAAGAUGAUACCCCGGAAAAUUCAUAUACCUUCAAAGGUCAAAAGGAUUCUAAACAACAUGUAUAUUUUGUAUGAUUAUUUGAAAUAUUGCAGCUGGAGUCAUAGACUUUCUUUGUUUAAAUGAAAAUCAUUAUAUUAUGUGUUGUUUUUAUAUGCUGUUGAGCAGAAGAAAACACACUGGAAUCUAGCCUGAAGAAAGAACUGUGUGUGUGCUACUAAAAAAAAAAGCAAAAACAAAAACAACAAAAAAACAAACCGUAAAUGUGCAGAUAAUCAUAAGGACAACCAAACUUAAAACCUUUCAUGACAAAGUUGUCUUCUGUUUGGGAAUGUGUGUGUAUGACCGCUUCCAGAAGGUGCUCUGUUUUAAGCAAAUCAACUUAAACUUUAGCAGUGAUUUAGACCAUGUGAACUUUUUUUUUUCCCAAAUGUGCAUGGGCAGGAUAAAGAAAGCUCAAUUCUGGACAUAACAUGUUGCCAGCUUAUUAUUUACUAGAGGAGUGGAGAAGCUGUACCUGUAGGAGAUGUGUCAGAUCCUCCUUUGUGUUUGCAACUGUUCUGUUUUUGACUUUGAAAUUGCUAGGAUCCUGAAAUGAUGUUUUAAAUGCAGUAAACCCAGACACACAGAUGCUGCAAAUCUGAAGUUUUGUUGUCCUUUGUCCUCGUUUCUUUUAUCUUUAUGUUAAAAUCACACAAGCUUGUUAUGUGUGCUGGCAGCCUGAUAAUUUUAUCUUUAUUUCCAUUGCAAUCAAACCGCAACAUUAGGUUGACAUAUUUUAAUGGGAAAAGUUUGCAUUAAAAGUGUGUUUAUAUAUUACAGUACUUGAGAAUAAUGACAUUUGCCCCAAGAAAUACUUUUGAACUCCUUAUGGCUUUUUAGUUUCCCAAAUUAAAAUAAUUUUGCAUCUCUCUCCUAGCCUACAUUCUUUUCUGUUACUAAUUCAAAACUUUAGAGGAAUUACUGUAAGGUGCCUUGCAAAAUAGAAAUAGAAAGAUUUAUAGCAUGGAUACCAACAUAAGAUUAUUAGGCAAUAGCCAAGCAUUACCAAAUCAAAAAUUAAUAUCGGUAUAGGUACUGCUGCUGGAAUGGAGAAAUAGGUAAUUUUCUCCCCCACCCCAUUGUUAUGUAAUUAUCAUGUAGAAUGCAUUAUAAUUCUUAAGUAGAGUUGCAUUCAAAAUUUGACUGUAGAGAAAAUUAUUUUAAUCACUGUAUUUAUGUUAGCAUGUUAAUUAAUUGUGUAGACAUUUUGAAACGCCGCUCCCUUCUUUCAUAUCAGACCUGUGGCUGUGUGCCAUAAUAAAAUUAAAAGAACAUGUGUAAUAUUAUGCAAGCAGUUGUUUAAUUUCAACUGGGCAUUACUGUUUCCCCUGAUUUUUAUCUGGAGUUAAUUGAAAGAAAAGUUAGUU